UCGAUGAAAGCUAUUGCGUAGGAUAGGUGCAUAAAGGAUAACGUUAUAAAAGUGUCAUAGAAACAGUGAUAUUUGUUUUUUUUCAAGGACUUUCAGUCUUACUUUAUUUGGAAGACGCUUACUGUAGCUCAUUUUAAGGUUUAUACCAGUACAUUUAAGCUAUCCAUAACUACCUGUUGACACGAAGAUUCGGGGAACAUGCAAAAAGUUUGGCUCCUGUUGUUUUUAUUCGCGGCAGUGUAUGCUGAGUCGCAGGUACGGGAGACAGAGACAUGGAUGCCCGAGGCACAGACCGAGGAACCACGCGAUGAACUGGUCUCUUCCGGAGAUUUCGGUUUCCCCGACGAGAACGACGACGAAGAUGACGAAGAUGACUAUGAUGACUACAGUGUCGAUGAUGGCGAGGGCGAUGACGAUGAGGACAACUAUGACGAUGACUUCUCGGGAUCUGGAGAGGGCGAGGACAAGACAGACGAGAUCGACGUCAUGCCCACCAAGCCUGAUCUAACAAUGGACAACAACAUCCCGGACCUGAACGUUCCUGCCAGGCCCCUGCCCACGUCCAACGACAUCGAGGCCGUGAGGAAGAAUGAGGUGGUCCCGCGCCUGGCCGCGGUGCCCGAGGACCACCCCCCCAACGUCCUGAUGGCCCACGCCGGCGAGGAGGGCGUCUUCAGCAAACCCGAGGUCCUAGCAGCUCUCAUCGCCGGCGGCGCGGUGGGCCUGCUCUUCGCCAUCCUCCUCAUCCUCCUGCUCAUCUACCGCAUGAAGAAGAAGGACGAGGGUAGCUACGACCUGGGGAAGAAGCCCAUCUACACCAAGGCCCCCACCGCCGAGAUCUACGCAUGAAGAUCUACACCAAGGCUCCCACCGCCGAGAUCUACGCAUAGAGACUGUGCGCCUCAGGACUCCUUCAAAUAGUGCCUCAGAAACCACCUCCGCUAUCCGCUCGCCAAUCUCACACACUCGGGGGAGGGAGGGAGAACCAAAAAAACACUUUUCAUGCUUUCCCACUAUUCAACUCGACCAUGCAUCAAGCUCACGGCGACAGGAAGCGAAUCCGUUGCAAGACGACGAACGGAGAGGGUCCGUGGAAAGCCUUUCCACUGUCCGAACCGGCGCGGUACGAAAGAUGGUUUAUCGCCUUAUUGGCCUGAAGUUUUGUUUUAUUUUUUUUUUUUUAAUGUCCUGAACCGGCAGCAAAACCCAGUGUGUCGUGUCGUUUUCCCUCUCUCCCCCGCUGUAACGCAACACUACGAAAUUAAUCCUUCACUUCCGGUGAAUUGGCACGGUACCAACGACGGUACUGAUAUUUAUUGUUCCUUAUCUGCGCUGACCACUGGUAGUCUGUAAUUUCAAUAUGCGGUGGCGCUCGAUGUCGGUGUCAACACUGGUGCUGCAGGCGACGAUGUCAUGGUAGCGAUUUCCUUGUAACGGAAUUGUAAAAAGUCCUUGCGCAGCGAAACGCAAUCCACUGCCAAAUUCUGCUUUAGAUUUCACGGAAGCGGUAAAGCACACCUUUCCAAAAAUAAAUUUACGGUGAUGCUAUAAAUGAGUUGUAAUGUUUUUUUUAUUUUAUUUUAAAUAAGCUUGUUCAGACAGCCCGAAGUGGCAGAGUAGAGUGAAGGAAGUGUCUUUUUCCAGUACGUACAAGGCCGGCAUUAACACAACUUCCUGGAGACUGCGUAUAACGCAUGCCAGACCCAACGCAUCAUCACUGCAGUCCUCUAUCCCCCACAUUUCACGUUACAAAGCGAAAAAAUAAAGCAAUCGCUCCACAUGGACUUUUUACUCCAGGGAUCUGUAUAUAGCCAUUUGAAUAAAACAAAAAAACUUGGUACUUAGCCAUUGUCUUGGCAGACUUAUUUACCAAAUAUUUAAAUGCCAAAUUAUUUUUCCCCAAAAUGUUCCAUUUAACUAUUAUAAAAUCCCUGGAAUUCAGGGUUUCUGUUUUUAACCUCCUGAAGAGAUUUUUUUAAUAUCCAUGCUAGUUGCCAGUACUAAUGUUUCUCUAUUUUCAGUGUUUGAUAGAUUAUUAGUUCAAGAAUUGUUUUUGGUAUUAAUUUAACUGUCAGAAAUAUUUUAUUGCCUUUUUCAGGUUGGGACUCUAAGCUGUUGUAUAUGUGAUAAAAAAUUUUAUAUACGCUAGUUCAAGAUUUUCAGAAGCAAAUAGUUUUAAGACAGGUUUUAUUUUGUAAAAGUUUGUAUUUCUUUUAGACAUUUUUAAGCGAUUUAUAUUUAUGUUUUGUAGAAGGAAUGCAAUGUCAUUUUCAGGGCUACUUCUGAAUUAAGCCAUGUGUCAUUCGCAUGGGGAAAAAAAAUCUGCUGCUUUUUGGUCACAAGAUGUGAAUCACUCACCAGUGGAGAAGUCAAUGAAUCAUUGAUUUCUACAUGCAGGUUCUGAUUUCUUUGGAAAUAAAGCUAUUUUAAUGCAUGUUAGCUCUUUAAAUUAUUUGACCCCUUUUCACACUGAAUGCUGCUGUUUUUUGAUUGGUUUAACAUCUGAUUUGCAAACUAAUGGCUAAGCUCCUUUUUGUUUCUCAUCUGAGCAUGAACUUAAUCAAGUUGUAACGUUUGGUUGGUUAACACUCUUAAAUGGGCAUCUUCAUUUUGAGUCAUCUGAAAUGUAAUGAUUUUUGGUUUUGGCUUGAGAGCUGCUUGCUCAGUAUUAAUACAGAAAUGGUCACUCAUCGUGGCAUUUUAAGUGGCUAAUGUGAUUUAAGUCCCCGAAAAAAAAAAAAAAAAAAAAAGUUCCAUUGUUAUUACGAGAGCAUUGGUCUCCGAAGUUUAAGUGAACGUGCUGUAAAAACCCAUUCCUGUGCUUUACACAAUGCCAGCCAUUGGACUGUGCUGCUGGCAGAGACCCUGUGCAAUCACUUCUUUCUUCAAAUUAUCAUGUUCAUUAAGCCAUAAAAUAAAGCUGGAAUUUAAGAUUUUUAACGGCAAAGGAAUAACAUUUCCUUCAUGUAAGGUAUGCCAUUUCUAAACACAAGCUCUUGAGGCACGAGGUGCAAAGGCAUGGUGUGUCCCCCUUGUACGGGUAUCCACUUGCAGCUCGCUUCUGAUUGGCCGCCUGCUAAACGGUCACAUUGCCGAUUGAUUAGAAUGCAAACGACAUGUCGCGUAUGUGGCGUUUGCGUCUGAAAUCGAUCCCAAAUCCUCCUGUAGUGUGCAUUUUAAGAGCUUAGUUGCUUUCAGUAUUAAAAACGUAUAACAUUUCAAUUCAUAAAAUUGGCUUGUAUGAGUCAGUGUUUUGAGUCAUUACAUGUAAUAAAGAAUGUCCACUUUGAUUGCGCAGGGUCUUUGCUGGCUCUCUAUGUUGUCUGACUGGGGCGGUAGUGGGGGUGGAGUGGUUUAGCGUGCCCGGCCAGGCCCCAGUCCUCGCCUGAUGUUGGACCAUUUCUGAUCUGAGCUCUGACGGGACGAUAAGAAUAACCGGCGUUUAGCCCGUCACAUGGUGUCUGUAGCGUGCAGCUCGUUUUGUUGAACGGGUCCAGACAUACCUGCAACGCACCAGCUUCCUUCCCAUAAAUGGACGCACAGGUCCUCCUCCUGCCCUGAGCUGCAUUUGUAAGAGGCCGUUUAUGCCGAAGUGUCGCACACUUCACACGUCACACACAGUAACCGAGCGCAGACGGGGACCUCGUAGCUUUUGCGAUGCCUGAGAAUGUCCACACACUCAUGUCCCAGAGGUAAAAACAGUGGCCCUGAUUGGUUGAGAUGGGGCGCCUAAAUCCGUUUGCUGUCCUGCCAAGCGAGAUUGAUUGGUCGGAAUGAGGACUGGCUAGCUUACUCUUUUGUACAUACUGAAUUUAUAUUGUUCUAUUCUGUUGUUCUGUUACUGAAUUUAUUAAAAACAAAGAAAAAAUGGUC